UCAUUUUGUAGCAAAAUGUUUUUAUUACUUUUGCUAUAUUGUAUAACAUUUUUAAAGACAAUUUGUCUUGGGGCAGAUUUGUAUGAUUUUGGCAUUGAUAAAGGUGAUCAGGAAUUACCAUUCUCGAAGGAUGAUUAUGGUAUUACUUUGGAUGUACCCAUAAUAUAUUUUGAAGAAAGCCAAAAUGAGCUAUUCAUCUCAUCCAGUGGUGCUGUAACAUUUGGUAAAUCCGUGGAUAUGAGUAGAAUCACUAAUUUGGAUGAUGAAAAAAUCAGUGCUGUAGCUAUAUUCUUUGUUCCGACGGAAAGUGGCAAAAUAUUUUAUAGAGCGACUUCAAGUGAUGAAACUUUGCUAAGAGAUUUAUCGAGUAAAAUUCGAAAGAACUUUCCAAAUCGUGAAUCAUCGGAAUUCACAGCUUUGCACGCUGUUGUAAUCACGUGGAAUGAUAUGGUUGGCAAAGAUUCUGCAGAAAGUUCAAAUCAGUUUCAAGUAAUGACGGAUGGAAUCAGUUCAUAUGCAUUUUUGAUUUAUAAUCAGCUUGAUUGGACUGGAGAAGGUGGUCAACAAGCUCAAGCAGGUUUGUAUUUUUCCGAUGGACGACGCGAAACUAUGGUUAACAGUGGAACGGUUAGCAUCAAGGAGCUUGUUAACUUGUCAAAUAACCAAAAUGAAGGCACUUAUAUCUUUCGAAUCUCAGGAAGUUCACCUGAAGAUCCACGCGGUGCAAUUUCUGAAGAUGAUUAUAGUUAUAAUGACUAUGAACCCGAAUAUGAUCCUGACAAUGAAGAAAAUAAACAACAGAAGGAAUGCCCACCUGACCCUUACCGUGACCAAUGUCCAUCAGAAUGUCAAGUACUCACAGACGAUCGUGGAUGUUCACUUUGUGUUUGUACACGUCUGGCCUUUUUUCCCUUUAAUUUUCAUUUUUCUGAUAUUCAAAAUUUAUAUUUUAGUAAAAUUCAAUCAAAUAUUUUAACUUACAAAAUGAAUUUGCUUAUGACGUCUACUACAAAUAAACUUUACUUUGUCCAUUACUUUAAUUUAUGUAUUGAUUACAACCCGGGGUAUUGUUGCGAGUGCUUGUCCGGUUAUUAUGGAAAUGGUGAAGAAUGUCUGAGGAAUGGCGAACCGCAAAGAAUCAAUGGGGCAUUCGAAGGUGUUGUCAACGGCGAAGAAAUUGGACGCGCAGAACUUCACACUUACGUAAUGGUGGAGGAAGGUCGAAGCUACACAGCACUGUCUCAAAUUCCGCGACAUCUCGGUCCCUCAUUGCUUUUGGUGAAUGUUAUCGGAGGGGCGAUGGGAUGGCUGUUUGCUAAAGUGGUAUCGCCAACAUCAUAUAAUGGAUUUAUGCUUACUGGAGGUUUAUUCAACCGCACAGUAAACGUGCGAAUUGGUGACCGUUAUGCAGUAACAAUUAAGCAGCAGUUUUCUGGUCGCGAUAUCUAUCACUACUUUAAAGCACACAUGUUUAUAUCAGGAACGUUGCCAAAAAUUUCGGAUAAGUCAGAGGUCAGUUAUGACGAUUAUGAAGAAGAAUAUCGUCGCGAAGGACCAGGAUUUUUGCGCUCAUAUUCGUCACAACUGGUAACAGUGAAAGAAAAUAGUGAAGAAAAACAAAUGAAACUUUCAAUUGAUCAACAGAUUAGCUACAAAGAGUGCUCGUUUAAAGAGUUUACAAGAGAUUCUGUAGUGGUGAUCCAAGUGACACGACCUCAUGUUGUUUAUGAUGCCGAAGAACAUAUUGUUCGUUACGCAUCUGCAAAUAUUGCAACAAAAAAGGAAGCUGAUACUGCGGUACCACAUUCUGCUAAUUCUGAUACUUACUCAAUGCUUGAAGGCAAUAGGGGUCACGAACAAGGACGGCAGCAUCAAGGUCAAGUUGAAGAACAAAUAUUGAAGAAUCCAUGCGAAACUGGUCGACACUUAUGCAAAUUACCAAAUAUGAUUUGCACGCCUUUUGAACGCUCUUACCACUGUGAAUGUGUUAAGGGUUACCACGCAGAACGUGAUAGUACAGUAGAGCUCGGAUGGAAAUGUCGUGGUAGAUUUGAAUUUCAGUUUGAAUUUGUAUACUAA